AUGACUGCUGAUACCCCAACCAAAUUGCUCGAUUCUGAAACCAAAAUCUCUCCCCUCAAAUAUCCCGUGGCCCGUCGAGAUGAAAGUGUGGUCGAAACUCACCACGGGGUUGAAAUAAAAGAUGUCUAUCGUUGGUUGGAGGAUCCCGAUUCGGAGGAGACAAAAAAAUAUGUCGAGGAACAAAAUAAAAUAAGUCAACCCUUCCUGGAGGGCUGUGACCAGUGGAAGAAAAUCAAUGAGAAGUUCACCAAAGUAUGGAACUAUGAGACCUAUGAUUGUCCCCUCAAGCAUGGCAAAUAUUAUUAUUUCCAAAGGAAUACGGGUCUGCAGAAUCAACAUGUUUUGUAUCGCCAGGAGAGUUUGACAGCGGAACCGGAAUUAUUUUUCGAUCCCAAUGCCUUGUCCAGUGAUGGUACCAUUGCUUUGGUAAAGAAAUCCUUUUCAGAAGAUGGCCGGUACAUGGGCUAUGGCCUGAGUGCCAAUGGUUCGGAUUGGUUUAAAAUCCACAUACGUGAUGUGGAGACGGGCAAGGAUCUCGAAGAGGUAUUGGAAAAAGUAAAGUUCUCGGAAAUUUCAUGGACCAAAGAUAGCAAGGGAUUCUUUUAUUGUUCAUUUCCCCAUCAAGAGGGAGUGACUGAUGGUUCGGAGACCCAAUCAAAUGAAAAUCAAAAACUAUAUUAUCACCAUUUGGGUCAGCCGCAAGAGAAGGAUGUGCUCAUUGCUGAAUUCCCCGAGGAGCCGACCUGGCAAUUUCAAACCGUGGUCUCAGAUUGUGGUAAAUACCUGAUAAUGUUAAUCACCAAGGAUUGCCGGGACAACAUCGUGUACUAUGCCGAUUUGGAACCUGGCAAGGAGAUCAACACAAAAUUUGAGGCCAAGAAAAUCGUGGAAAAAUUCGAAUCCGAUUAUGAAUACAUUACCAAUAUCGGUUCGAAAAUGUAUUUCCGCACGAAUAAAGAUGCCUCCAAUUAUCGUGUCGUUAUGAUUGAUUUUGAAAAUCCGGCCCUGGAGAAUUGGCAAACCAUCAUCGUGGAACAUCCCACCGAUGUUUUAGAUGCGGUACAUUGUGUAAAUGAAAAUAUGCUGGUCCUUCACUAUCUUCACGAUGCCAAAAGUGUUCUGCAAGUGAAUUCCCUGGAAAGUGGGGAAAUGCUACACAAAUUCGAUUUGGAAAUGGGUAGUGUGGUGGAAAUCAAAGCGAAGAAACAUCAAACGGAAUUCUUCUAUAGGUUUUCUUCGUUCCUGACUCCGGGCAUAAUUUAUCAUUACGAUUUCAAGUGGGACAAUUUCACACCGAAGGUGUUGCGGGAAAUUAAAUUGAAUUUGGAAGGGUUUACCCCAGCCAAGUACAAAGUGGAACAGGUGUUCUAUGAAAGCAAGGACAAGACGAAGAUUCCCAUGUUUAUUGUCUAUCAAAAUACCCAGGCCGGAGAGAAGAGAACACCACGUCCCUGUUUCCUGUACGGCUAUGGAGGUUUCAAUUGCAGCAUGUAUCCCUCAUUUGGGGUUAUGGAUGUUAUGUUCUUGGAUACCUUUGAUGGUGUUGUGGCCUAUCCCAAUUUACGUGGUGGUGGUGAAUAUGGUGAAAAAUGGCACAACGCAGGCCGUCUACUGAACAAACAAAAUGUGUUCGAUGAUUUCCAGGCUGCCGCCGAAUAUCUCAUCGCCAACAAUUAUACCACCAAAGAUAGGUUGGUAAUUCAGGGUGGUUCCAAUGGUGGUCUUCUAGUUGCUGCCUGUAUCAAUCAACGUCCUGACCUCUUUGGUGCUGCCGUAGCUGAGGUGGGUGUCAUGGAUAUGUUACGUUUCCAUAAAUUCACCAUAGGACAUUAUUGGUGUUCGGAUUAUGGUAAUCCCGAUGAGAAGGAACAUUUUGAAAAUGUCCUGAAAUAUUCACCGCUGCAUAAUGUCCACACUCCCACAACGGAGAAGGAAGAAUAUCCUGCUACCUUGGUACUUACUGCCGAUCAUGAUGAUCGUGUCAGCCCAUUGCAUUCGCUGAAAUUUGUUGCCGCCCUGCAGGAGGCUGUUCGCCAUUCGAAAUAUCAAAAGAAUCCCAUAUUUUUGAGGGUCUAUAGCAAUGCAGGACAUGGUGCUGGUAAACCAACAUCGAAAAUUAUCGAAGAAGUUUCCGAUAUAUUGACAUUUAUGUUGAGAAGUCUCAAUAUUGAUAAGGUCAAUUUGUGA